AAAAAGUCCCCUUUUUACCCCCGGAUUUCUCGCCUCUUUACCCCUUAGCUCCACCUCCACCGGCAAGAUGACACAGGCGUUACCCAUACGGUUUCAGGAGCAUUUACAGCUCACCAAUGUGGGAAUACAAGCUUCCAACAUUGGGUUCAACACCCUCACCAUGGAGUCGGACAAGUUCAUCUGUGUCCGAGAGAAGGUGGGAGAGACAGCUCAGGUUGUCAUCAUUGACAUGGCGGACCCCACCAACCCCAUCCGCCGACCCAUUUCAGGGGACUCAGCCAUCAUGAAUCCUGCCUCCAAGGUCAUUGCACUUAAAGUUGGGAACCUUUACAAAAUUUUCCCCAAACAUCGAAAAAUGAAGACCAAAAUUAAAGCUCACACUAUGGACACAGAAAUUCAGUUCUGGAAGUGGAUAUCAUCCAAUAAGUUGGCUCUGGUGACCGAAACUGCAGUUUACCAUUGGAGCAUGGAUGGAGAUGCUCAGCCACAGAAGAUGUUUGAUAGGCACAGCAGUUUGAAUGGCUGCCAGAUCAUCAACUAUCGCACAGAUGCUAAACAGAAUUGGCUACUGCUCAUUGGUAUCUCAGCCCAGCAGAAUCGUGUUGUUGGUUUUAUGCAGCUGUACAGUGUGGAGCGUAAAGCAAGCCAGCCAAUUGAAGGUCAUGCUGCUGGUUUUACUACUUUCAAGAUGGAAGGCAAUGCAGAACCGUCAACAUUAUUCUGUUUUGCCGUGCGCAAUGCCCAAGGUGGAAAAUUGCACAUCAUUGAAGUGGGUCAGCCUGCUGCAGGUAACCAGCCAUUCACCAAAAAGAAUGUGGAUGUAUUCUUCCCACCAGAGGCACAGAAUGACUUUCCAGUAGCUAUGCAGGUUAGUAGUAAGCAUGAUGUCAUCUAUCUCAUCACCAAGUAUGGCUAUGUUCACCUCUAUGACAUCGAAAGUGGGACCUGCAUCUUCAUGAACCGCAUUAGUGGGGAUACCAUCUUCGUCACAGCCCCUCAUGAACCUUCCAGUGGCAUCAUUGGGGUCAACCGCAAGGGACAGGUAUUGAGUGUUAGUGUUGAUGAAGAGAAUAUCAUUCCUUACAUCACCAAUGUGCUACAGAAUCCAGACCUUGCCCUACGCAUUGCCACAAGGAACAAUCUUGCUGGUGCAGAAGACUUGUUUGUUCGGAAGUUUAACACACUAUUUCAGAAUGGACAAUACAGUGAAGCAGCAAAGGUAGCAGCCAAUGCGCCCAAGGGUGUUCUGCGCACUCCCCAGACCAUUCAGAGGUUCCAGCAAGUACCAGCACAACCAGGCCAGACCUCACCCCUCCUCCAAUACUUUGGCAUUCUCCUUGACCAAUCGCACCUCAACAAAUUUGAAUCGUUGGAGCUGUGUAGGCCUGUCUUGGCACAGGGGCGGAAGAACUUGCUGGAGAAGUGGCUGAAAGAGGACAAGCUGGAAUGCUCGGAGGAGCUGGGUGACCUUGUGAAGCAGGCAGAUCCAACACUUGCCCUCUCUGUGUACUUACGAGCAAAUGUGCCCAACAAAGUAAUUCAGUGCUUUGCUGAAACUGGUCAGUUCCAAAAGAUUGUCCUCUAUGCCAAGAAAGUUGGAUACACUCCAGACUAUAUUUUCCUUCUACGAAAUGUAAUGCGUGUCAACCCAGACCAAGGUUUAGCAUUUGCACAGAUGCUGGUUCAGGAUGAUGAGCCUAUGGCUGAUGUUAACCAGAUUGUUGACAUUUUCCUUGAAUCUAACUUAAUUCAGCAGUGCACUGCAUUCCUUCUGGAUGCCUUAAAGAACAACCGCCCCACAGAAGGCCCACUCCAAACACGUCUGCUUGAGAUGAACCUCAUGUCUGCUCCUCAGGUGGCAGAUGCUAUCCUGGGCAACCAAAUGUUCACCCACUAUGACCGUGCUCACAUUGCCCAGCUGUGUGAGAAGGCUGGCCUGCUGCAGCGUGCCUUGGAACACUACACAGACAUGUACGACAUUAAGAGAGCAGUGGUUCAUACACACUUACUAAACCCAGAAUGGUUGGUCAACUACUUUGGGUCGCUUUCAGUAGAGGACUCCCUCGAGUGUCUCAAGGCAAUGCUCACUGCCAAUCUGAGACAGAAUCUACAGAUUGUAGUGCAGAUAGCAACAAAAUACCAUGAGCAGCUAACAACAAAUGCUUUGAUCGACCUGUUUGAAUCCUUUAAAUCAUUUGAGGGACUUUUUUACUUCCUUGGCUCCAUUGUUAACUUCUCCCAAGAACCAGAGGUGCACUUUAAAUACAUUCAAGCAGCUUGCAAGACUGGACAGAUCAAGGAGGUUGAGAGAAUAUGCCGCGAAUCCAACUGCUACAAUCCAGAGCGUGUGAAGAAUUUCCUGAAAGAGGCCAAACUCACUGACCAGCUUCCACUCAUUAUUGUUUGUGAUCGUUUUGACUUUGUCCAUGAUUUGGUGCUCUACCUGUACCGUAACAACUUGCAGAAAUACAUUGAGAUUUAUGUACAGAAGGUAAAUCCAUCACGUCUGCCAGUUGUUGUGGGAGGUCUUCUUGAUGUUGACUGUGCUGAAGAUGUGAUCAAGCAGUUGAUCAUGGUUGUGCGUGGACAGUUCUCAACAGAUGAGUUGGUGGAAGAGGUGGAGAAGAGGAAUCGCUUGAAGCUGCUGUUAUCAUGGCUGGAAUCUCGUAUUCAUGAGGGAGUCAAUGAGCCUGCCACACACAAUGCCAUUGCAAAGAUCUACAUCGACUCCAACAACAAUCCUGAGAGAUUCCUGCGGGAGAAUAGAAACUACGAUAGCAAAGUUGUGGGCAAAUACUGUGAGAAGAGGGAUCCACACCUAGCCUGUAUUGCUUAUGAACGAGGCCAGUGUGAUCGAGAACUGAUCAAUGUAUGCAAUGAGAACUCGCUCUUCAAGUCAGAAGCUCGCUACCUGGUGAGGCGUAGGGAUCCUGAGCUCUGGGCUGAGGUCCUUCAGGAGACAAAUCAGUACCGAAGACCACUCAUUGAUCAGGUUGUACAGACAGCUCUGUCAGAAACUCAGGACCCUGAAGAUAUUUCUGUCACUGUGAAAGCAUUCAUGACUGCAGAUUUGCCAAAUGAACUUAUUGAGCUUCUGGAGAAGAUUGUGUUGGAUAAUUCUGCCUUCAGUGACCACAGGAACCUCCAGAACCUCUUGAUCUUAACUGCUAUCAAGGCAGACCACACACGUGUGAUGGACUACAUCACACGUCUUGAUAAUUAUGAUGCACCUGACAUUGCCAACAUUGCCAUUGGGAAUCAGCUCUAUGAGGAAGCUUUUGCCAUCUUCAAGAAGUUUGAUGUCAAUACCUCUGCCAUUCAGGUAUUGAUUGAACAUAUAUCCAAUCUGGAUAGGGCAUAUGAAUUUGCCGAACGGUGCAAUGAGAGUGCUGUGUGGAGUCAGCUUGCCAAGGCUCAGUUGCAGCAAUCCUUAGUUAAAGAAGCAAUUGAUUCCUUCAUCAAGGCUGAUGAUCCUACAGCUUAUAUUGAUGUUGUAGAUACAGCACAUAGAACUGGUCAAUGGGAAGACUUGGUGCGUUAUUUAGUAAUGGCACGAAAGAAGGCUCGGGAAUCCUAUGUUGAGAGUGAACUCUGCUAUGCUUAUGCCAAGACAAACAGGCUGGCAGAUCUAGAGGAGUUUAUUGCUGCUCCUAACCAUGCUGACAUUCAAAAGAUUGGUGACCGGUGCUUUGAUGAUAGCAUGUACGAGGCAGCCAAACUCCUUUAUAACAAUGUUAGCAAUUUUGCUCGUCUGGCUAUUACAUUAGUCCAUCUCAAGGAGUUCCAGGGGGCAGUCGAAUCAGCCAGGAAAGCAAACAGCACAAGAACAUGGAAAGAAGUGUGCUUUGCAUGUGUGGACAAUGAACAGUUCCGCCUGGCUCAGAACUGUGGCCUUCACAUUGUUGUUCAUGCAGAUGAAUUGGAAGACCUCAUCAAUUACUAUCAGGAUCGCGGUUACUUUGACGAGUUAAUAAACUUGUUAGAGGCUGCACUGGGCCUGGAGCGUGCACACAUGGGAAUGUUUACAGAACUUGCAAUUUUAUACUCCAAGUACAAGCCUGAAAAGAUGCGUGAACAUCUUGAGCUAUUCUGGUCCAGGGUUAACAUUCCAAAGGUUUUGCGAGCGGCAGAACAAGCACAUUUGUGGGCAGAAUUGGUGUUUCUUUAUGACAAGUAUGAGGAGUAUGACAAUGCUGUUUUGACCAUGAUGGCUCAUCCAACAGAGGCUUGGCGAGAGUCACACUUCAAGGAUGUCAUUACCAAAGUUGCCAACAUUGAACUGUAUUACAAAGCCAUUCAGUUUUAUCUCGACUACAAGCCUAUGCUGUUGAAUGACUUGUUACUUGUCCUUUCACCUAGGAUGGACCAUACUAGGGCUGUUAAUUUCUUCUCAAAGGUAAACCAUCUGAAAUUGGUAAAGGGUUACCUCAGAUCAGUUCAGUCUCUGAACAACAAGGCUAUCAACGAGGCUCUUAACUCUCUUCUAAUUGAGGAGGAGGAUUACACUGGGCUCAGGACUUCCAUCGAUGCAUUUGACCACUUCGAUAACAUUGCUCUCGCCCAGUCCCUUGAGAAACACGAUUUGAUAGAGUUCCGUCGUAUCGCCGCUUACCUGUACAAAGGAAACAAUAGAUGGAAACAGUCUGUAGAAUUGUGCAAGAAAGACAAGCUUUUCAAGGAUGCCAUGGAAUAUGCAGCAGAGAGCAAGAAUUCAGACACAGCCGAGGAGCUACUCCAGUGGUUCUUGGAGAAUGGCAACUUUGACUGUUUUGCUGCCUGCCUCUUCCAUUGCUACGACCUGCUCCAUCCCGAUGUUAUCUUAGAGUUGGCAUGGAGGCACAAUAUUAUGGACUUUGCCAUGCCCUAUUUAAUCAAUGUGAUGCGUGAAUAUGUCACAAAGGUUAACAAACUUGAGGACCUUGAAAAGAGAAGGGGUGAAGAGAAUGAGACCAAUGAGAGCAAACCAAUGAUGAAUAUGAUUGGUGAGCCACAGCUUAUGAUCACAGCUGGCCCAGGCAUGAUGGGACCUGGCUACCCCAACGCUGGUUAUGCUAACAACAUUAACUACGGAGCUGGCAUGCCCUCCUACCAAGGCUACAGCAUGUAAACACUAAUUCAGGAUUCCCCCUGCAAGUUGAUCACCAGUGUGUGAACAUUCAGUUGGUUCAAUAGUAAUGGUAGACUUUGUUAAACUAAGGCUACAGCUUGUAACUAAAAUAAAAAGUAAUAAUAAACAGAGCCUUUAUGAGAAUGUUCCAUAAGUUAUUGGAAAUGUAAAAAAAAAAAGAUA